CUGGGGCCCGGCAGCUUCUCAUGGAGUCUGUCACGCCGAGCCUCAUCUGGAAGUUCCACGAGGACGGCUUCCUUGUGCUGGAGCGCUUCUUCACGGUGGCAGAGUGCGACGGCAUGAGGGAGCGGAUCCGCGAGGUGGUCGCSGAGAUGGAGGUGCCGCCGCACUGCCGCACCGAGUUCUCCACCAAGGAGGAGGAGCAGCUCCAGGCGCAGGGCAGCUCAGAUUAUUUCCUAACCAGUGGCGACAAGAUUAGAUUCUUCUUUGAGAAAGGUGUUUUGGAUGAGAAAGGUAACUUUCUCAUUCCAAAGGAGAAAUCUAUCAGCAAGAUUGGCCACGCUUUACACGCUCACGAUCCAGUCUUCAAGCAAAUCACUCACUCCUCCAAGGUGCAGGAACUGGGAAGAAAGCUAGGCCUUGAGCGUCCCGUCGUUGUGCAAAGCAUGUAUAUCUUCAAGCAACCUGGCAUUGGUGGUGAAGUGACUCCACACCAGGAUGCCACGUUCCUGYACACGGAGCCUCUGGGCAGAGUCCUGGGCUUCUGGAUUGCCCUGGAGGACGCCACGCUGGAGAACGGCUGCUUGUGGUUCAUUCCUGGCUCUCACACCAGUGGAAUUACCCGGAGAAUGGUCCGUACCUCACCAGGCACCUCGACGUGUGUAGAGUUUAUAGGGUCAGAGCCGACCUAUGAAGACAACAGAUUCAUUCCUGUACCUAUAAGCAAAGGGGGGCUUAUUCUUAUCCAUGGUGAAGUUGUCCACAAGAGUGAGUUGAACACGUCAGGGCUUUCUCGCCAUGCCUUCACCUUCCACGUGAUGGAAGCCAAAGACACCAGCUGGAGCAAAGAGAACUGGCUCCAGCCAACUCCUGAACUGCCUUUUCCAUCACUCUACACCUGAAAUGAGUGUUUGGCUUCUGCAGUCAAAUAGUUGAUCAAUAUUCCUUUCUGAUUCCUUUCUGGUUCUGCUCUGUUUGAAUAGAACAUUCCUUAGAUUCCUUARGGAACAGACCUGUAAAGAUCAUUGCACCUUGACUGCGGGACCAAUUAAGAAGUAAUUCUUCAGGAUUCYUAGUAUUUUCUUUUAGUUUUGUGAAGAGCUUAUGUCUUGUGUAUUUACUCAAUCAAGUUUAUCCCAGCAAAACAGGUGAAUCUGUCUCGUGAACAAAGCUGACUUUUAGCCAGUCUGGCUGGCUGCUCAAUUAAUACUAAUUAAAAAUGAUCCUAUUGUGGGCAAAAUGAAGCAGGGAGUUGACUUG